AUGGUUCGCUCCCUAAGCACUAAGAAGGCAAAGAGGAAGAACAAGAAGAAGGAAGCUGCGUCCUCUUCCGAGAUGCCUUCGAUGCCAACUAGGGUUUGGCAACCAGGUGUCGAUACGCUCGAAGAUGGUGAAGAGCUUCAGUGCGACGCUUCUGUUUACAAUUCACUUCAUGGGUUCCAUGUUGGCUGGCCCUGUUUGAGUUUCGACAUUGUGGGUGAUAAGUUGGGUUUGAAUCGAACUGAGUUUCCUCACACAUUGUAUAUGGUGGCUGGUACUCAGGCUGAGAAAGCAGCCUAUAACUCCAUAGGAUUAUUCAAAAUCAGCAACAUAUCUGGUAAGAGACGUGAUGUAGCGCCCAAGACGCUAGGGAAUGGUGAUGAUGAUAUGGAAGAUGAAGAUGAGAGUGACAGCGAUGAGGAAAGCGAAGAUGGAGCUUCCAGUGUUCCUAAUAUUCAGGUUCGCAGGGUUGCUCAUCAUGGAUGUGUUAACCGCAUACGUGCAAUGCCACAAAAUUCUCAUAUCUGUGUCUCUUGGGCAGAUUCUGGUCAUGUGCAGGUGUGGGACUUGGCCUCUCAUCUUAAUGCUAUAGCAGGGUCAGACACAGAAGGCAAAGAUGGAACUUCGCCGGUUCUUAACCAAGCACCUUUAGUUAACUUUUCUGGACACAAAGAUGAAGGAUAUGCUAUUGAUUGGAGUCCUGCUCUCGCUGGAAGACUUCUUUCCGGGGAUUGCAAGAGUAUGAUUCAUCUUUGGGAGCCAGCUGCUGGUUCAUGGACCGUUGAUCCUGUUCCGUUCAAAGGACACACUGCAAGUGUUGAAGACUUACAGUGGAGUCCAUCUGAAGAAAACGUGUUUGCGUCGUGUUCUGUGGAUGGGACUGUUGCAGUUUGGGAUGUCCGAGUCGGAAAGACGCCUGCGUUAUCCAUCAAGGCACAUAAAGCAGACGUGAAUGUUAUCUCAUGGAACAGGUUGGCUACUUGCAUGUUGGCCUCAGGGGCCGAUGACGGGACAUUCUCUAUCCAUGAUCUUAGACUGGUCAAGGGUGGAGAUGCUGUAAUAGCACAUUUUGAGUAUCAUAAGCAUCCUAUCACGUCGAUUGAGUGGAGCGCUCAUGAAUCCUCGACACUUGCAGUCACUUCCGGCGAUAACCAGCUCACGAUAUGGGAUUUGUCGUUAGAGAAGGAUGAGGAAGAGGAAGCAGAGUUCAAAGCACAGACAAAGGAACAAGUGAACACACCUCAAGACUUGCCUCCUCAGCUUCUCUUCGUUCACCAGGGACAAAAGGACUUGAAGGAGCUUCACUGGCACAACCAGAUUCCAGGGAUGAUCAUUUCAACAGCUGCUGAUGGUUUCAACAUUUUGAUGCCUUACAACAUCCAGAACACUCUUCCUGAUCUUGCUGCCUGA